AUGAAACCUGGACGCACAUGCACAUUCAUCGUGCACGUGUGUCAGCAGGCAGCUGUUAAAUGAGGCAGAGUGAGAAGUCAAACAGAGUAGGUCAUUUUAUUAAUUCACGCAGGAUGGGAAUUCACCUUGGCGAGGAAGUGGAGGGAGCUCUGGGCAACACUUUGAUGGGAGAGUCAAGUUCAGCAGCACCGCUGAUCCGCCCAGGUUUAGACCCGGGUCUUUGAAAAUCUCAUAGCUUAAUUAAAUAUUUAUACCUGGAUAUACUUAGACUUAAACAUGUCAUUAUGAUGCUGAAAAUGACGUGACGUCGUGUGGUGAUGAUUGAACGUUAUUGUACCACCUUCAUAUGAUUUUAUGGGGUUUUUUAUAAUUAACCCAAAUGCAAUUUUGACCAAAUCACUAAAUACAUGCAUACUUGCUUUUUAACAACAAAAAAGUAUCUAUAUACUAAAAUGAGCUAUAAAAAAGACAUUUUCUAUAGUAAAAUAGUUACAUUACAAAGUCAACUAAAAGUCAGUUUAGUUGACAGUUUGGUGUGUUGUCUAUUCUUUUGUUUGGACCCUCCAGGCUGCCGUUCACAUGUCGCCCUGUCUGACCUCACAUCUUUUCCUCCUGGUCGUACCAGUGAUGUCACUGCUGCUGCUUUUCCCUCCCAUUGGUUGGAGCCAUGACAACCCCACCCCUGGGUGUCACCUAUACCCCUUUAACCUGACCAUUCGCAGUGAUCGCCGCAGCACAUGUAAAGGAAUUCAUCUCGUGUACGCCUGCGUGGGCUACUGUGAGUCCAGCGCAUUCCCAUCCAGAUACUCUGUCCUGGUGGCCUCCAACUUCACCCACAACAUCACCUCAGCAUCAAGAUGCUGCACCAUCAGCAAGGACGCAAAGGUCAAAGUUCGCCUGGACUGCCCACGUGGUCGUCACCAUGAAGAAAUCGAAAUACUAACAGCCAAGGCCUGUCGCUGCGAUAUGUGCCGCAAAUCCCGUUACUGACACACCGCGACAGCACAACGCAUCAUCACCUAGGAAAUGAAGUGAAUGAUGGCUGACCUGCAUGUUUGUUUCAAAGACACACGCACUC